CCGUCGGGACGACCGGUCGACCCCUCCUUUGGUGACUUUUCUUUUCCGUGGCGCUUUUUCUUUCGGCGCAUCUUUCCCCCCUCCGUUUGGUUUUCUCUGUGGGAGGUUUCUGUAACCAGCCCCUCGCCAGACCGGCGCGCACGUUAUAUACCUCAUCCAGCAUUCCUAUAUUCUUGUUUCUGGUUUUUUUUAGACAAGUGCGAAUAAUCAAUCCGCCAUCAUGCCUCCCAAGAAGCCCGAUCCCCCGAAGAAGAAGACCAAGGCCACGGUUGAGGACAAGGUUUGACACCCUGUUAUUUGACGUUGAGUUGGGAUUAUAAUGCUGACUUGUGAUGUCUUCGUGCAGACCUUUGGCAUGAAAAACAAAAAAGGUGGUUCCGCCAAGAGACAGAUCGCUCAACUACAGGCUCAAGCGCAGUCCAACAAGACUGCUGAUGCGAAGAAGAAGGAAGCCGAGAAGCAGCGUCGUGAGGCUGAGAAGAAGGCCUCUGAGCAGGCUAAGAAGGAGGCUCUGGAGUUGUUCAAGCCUGUUCAGGUUCAGAAGGUUCCUUUCGGUGUUGAUCCCAAGACUGUUCUUUGCGUUUUCUUCAAGCAGGGAAAUUGUGAAAAGGGACGCAAGUGCAAGUUCAGUCACGAUGCUAGCGUGGAGCGCAAGGCAGCGAAGAGGGAUCUGUACACCGAUUCUAGAGAUGUGAAGGCGGCGGAGGAAGAGGCUAAGAAGAAGGAUACUAUUGAUGACUGGGAUGAGGAGAAGCUUCGCAAGGUCAUUCUCAGCAAGCACGGCAACCCCAGAACCACUACGGACAAGGUCUGCAAAUACUUCAUUGAGGCAGUCGAGAACCAGAAGUACGGUUGGUUCUGGACUUGUCCCAAUGGAGGUGACAAGUGCAUGUACAAGCACAGUCUGCCACCUGGUUUCGUUCUGAAGACGAAGGAGCAGAAGGCGGCCGAGAAGGCUCUCAUGGACAAGUCCCCGCUCAACACCUUGACCCUGGAAGACUGGCUGGAAAGCGAACGACACAAGCUCACCGGCAACCUGACUCCUGUCAACCCGGAGACAUUCGCCAAGUGGAAGAAGGAGCGUCUGGACAAGAAGGCGGCCGAGGAGCAAGCCCAGAAGGCCAAGGAAACUACUGGACGUACGCUAUUCGAGAGUGGCAACUGGCGGGCGGAGGAUGAGAGCGAGAGCGAGGACGAGGAUGAUGGAGUGUGGAACCUUGAAGCCCUGCGGCGCGAGACGGAAAAGAUCCGCGAGAGGAAGGAAGAGGAACGCCUGGCGAUCCUGUCGGGCAACCCAGUGCCGGUCUCGAACGAGGAAACGAUUGCACAGGAAGGUGAAGGCUGAGUUCUGUGCGAUCCCCCCAAGUCCGCAAGAAAACUUGGGCGAAUGGGUUGCGGACCUCCCAUACUGGAAACGGUGUCCCGGGCCGUUGUCCGGGCCCGGGAUGUUGAUCGGGUUGAUGGAUGGU